CUCAUCUUUGGAGUGAGCGCCUUACACCGCUCCACGCACCGGACUGUGCACAGCCGUAACCAGGGGCCACACGGGGCAGGGGGCUCUGAGAGUGCACUGUAUCCAUAGCACUCAGUGUGGGACUGAACAAUGACAUCUGCUGGCCGGUGACCCGCGGGUGACACAAGACACCCAAGUGACAGAAUUCAUUAGAGGAUUUAUCUGUGGAAAGUGUCCCUUCACUUGUCCCGGGAUUGGCACCCAGUGAGGUGGGGGCAUUUUAUUACACUGCACCCCCGGGAGAGGGGAGCCCGGAUUAUUACCCGAGCAGGUGACCCCUGGGCAUGCAGGGACCCCUGAGCUGCUGGAGAUACGCGGAGCGCUGCUGUCCGGGGGGCAGCAUGAGGGGGAGCUCGCCGCUGGUUCUGCUGCUGGUCACUGCCCUCCUGCCCCUGGUUGGGGCCAACUCUUGGUGGUCAUUGGCCCUAAACCCAAUCCAGAGGCCAGAAAUGUAUAUAAUUGGCGCGCAGCCUCUGUGCAGCCAACUGACCGGUCUCUCCCCUGGUCAGAGGAAGCUAUGCCACCUUUACCAGGACCACAUGGUAUACAUUGGGGAAGGGGCCAAGACAGGGAUUAAAGAAUGUCAGCACCAGUUCAAGCAGAGGAGAUGGAACUGCAGCACGGUGGAUAACGCGUCCGUCUUUGGAAGAGUCAUGCAGAUAGGAAGCAGAGAAGCAGCCUUCACAUAUGCAAUCAGCGCAGCAGGAGUUGUGAAUGCGAUCAGCCGUGCCUGCCGGGAGGGGGAACUGUCGACUUGUGGCUGCAGCCGAACUACUCGUCCCAAAGACUUACCACGGGACUGGCUAUGGGGGGGCUGCGGGGAUAACGUGGAGUAUGGCUACCGCUUUGCCAAGGAAUUUGUAGAUGCCAGAGAAAGGGAGAAAAACUAUCCGAAAGGGUCGGAGGAGCAAGCAAAGGCUUUAAUGAACAUCCAGAAUAACGAAGCUGGCCGCAGGGCUGUGUAUAAACUAGCAGAUGUUGCUUGCAAAUGUCAUGGAGUCUCUGGAUCAUGUAGCUUGAAGACUUGCUGGCUGCAACUAGCCGACUUCCGCAAAGUGGGCGAAUACCUGAAGGAAAAGUACGACAGUGCAGCCGCCAUGAGACUGAACCGCCGCAGCAAACUGGAGCAAGUGAACCAGCGCUUUAACCCACCCACUUCAGAGGAUCUGGUAUAUCUGGACCCCAGCCCAGACUAUUGCCUCCGCAAUGAGACCACAGGCUCCCUGGGAACGCAGGGGCGCCUGUGUAACAAAACCUCGGAGGGGAUGGACGGCUGCGAGUUGAUGUGCUGUGGACGUGGUUACGACCAGUUCAAGACAGUGCAGGUGGAGCGCUGUCACUGCAAAUUUCACUGGUGCUGCUUUGUGAAAUGCAAAAAGUGCACAGAAAUUGUGGACCAAUAUGUGUGCAAGUAACACAGCGCCACUGUGUCCCAUCACCACCACCUCCAUACACACCUGUGCCCCUUCACCAUGCACCCAGCGCCCCUUCCCCCGGCACUUGGGAGGGAUGCAGACAUAUAUAUGUAUAGGAUAUAAAAUGAAAUCUAUAUGUGUAGAUAUAUAUUUUUAUAUGUGUAUAAAGGAAAGGAACUGGGUGAACGGCACUGACUGCCAGGGACGGACAGCACCGACUGGGAUGGGAGGUGUAUAAUUUAAGAAAUGUGUGUGUUGGACUCACUGCUGUCUGUGGCUGGCAAUAUGGCAGAGAGACUGGACUGGCAAAGGCAAAUGUGUGGACGACCAUGUUGAAAACCCUUUGUCGGCACUUUGGUACGACUUUUAUUGUUUCCUGUGAAGGAAUAUUUCACUUGUAAUGGAAGGAAUCCAUAAAUGAUCAGCACCCCUGGAUGGAUUCUCCAGCAGCCGGAUCUAAACAUAUAGAGCAAUCUGACUGGCGUUGUAUGGAAACUGCAGACUAUCACAUUCAUCAUAUGUAAGAAUGCCUGUACCAUCAUGUUUCUUGUAUCCCUGUAGUAAAGAGUGGACUGAG